AUGGAGGACUCGCGACAUACACUAUCCAUGGAUCUGGACUCGGAGAAGGACACUAUCCAGUUUCCUGGAUUGGAAAAUACACACUUCGGCUGGACAGCCCCGAGUCUGAUGCUUCACCUACCGGAUUCAUGUACUUGUGGAUGUUUUCUACGAAUAGACACCAGCCCCUGUGUAUCACCUACUGAAGACGAGCUCGCGUCCAUUCUGGAUGAUAAUGUGGAUAUGGUGUGUUACGAAAAUGACAAUUUCCUCCUUGAGAUAUUUGACGAGAUGAGUAUUGUAGCAAACACUCACGAGUUCAGCUCGCCAAACACCGAUUCGAUCUCUGAGGGGCUGGACGACUGCCUUCAGGAACGACAAUCGUUAAUAGACUUAGUGUGCGAUCCCUGCCUUGGCGGCGAUGUGACGUCACCAGAUACCGACGCAGACCCCGAAUGGCGUCCGUCAUCCGCAGUGUCUGUCUCCUCGUCAGAUAGCUUUGAAUUCGACAUCGAUAUGCCUCAAAUCAGCCCGAGUCCACCAGAAAGGAGAUCCCAUCAGAAACGAAAGGUCUCUCACGAUAUAUCUCAGACUACGGCAAAGCACAUUUGUUAUCAUGGCGAUGAACUUUUUUCGACCUUGAAUAGAAUAACGACUCAAACCAACAUCGGCGACGAAAACGAACUAAGAUAUGCAUUUUACACAAAAUGUGAAGAUGAAUGA